CAAUGAGAAACACAGUCACUACGUAUGUAAAUCCGUUCCUGUUCAAAGAAACGGUCAGGAUUUUACUCUAGGUCGGCCUCGGAGUGCCGCGCACGAGCGAGAUGGGCAGCGCGUCUUCGGCGUAUCGGAUCAUAUACCUGGACGUGGAUGGAAGGAUUCAGAAGGUUGUUUUCAGCCGUUCCUGUAGCCCCUGUGAUAUUAAGGAGCUAUUCUGCACUGCCACAGGCCUCUCCAGGAACACAACCAUUUCCCUUCUGGACUCAACAGGUGCUAUGGUCUCCAUCGACCCCACAAUGCUAAACAACUCAGAGAGGUCGCCGUACAAAGUGGUGCCUCAAACCGAUGGACAAAUUGCAAAUAAAGAAGAGCUGUUCCAGAAUGUGUUGACCCAGGUGGCGGAGCAGUUCUCCAGGGCAUUUAAAAUCAAUGAACUGAAGACUGAAGUGACAAAUCGCUUGGCCAUGCUGGAGAAGAGAGUGGAGUUGGAGGGUAUGAAGGUGGUGGAGAUAGAGAAAUGUCGUAGUGAUAUUAAGAAGCUGCGAGAGGAUAUGGCCUCAAGGAACAACAGUUUCCUAGAUGACAGCAAGAAGUUAACUCCUCGCAGAGAUGUGCCUUCAUACCCAAAGUACAUGCUCUCACAGCAAACCAUAGAUGCCCUCAGAAAACCCGCCUUCGACGUCUGGCUGUGGGAAUCCAGUGAGAUGCUGAGUUGUCUGGAGCACAUGUACCAUGACCUGGGGCUGGUAAAGGACUUUAAUAUAAACCCCAUCACACUGAAAAGGUGGCUGCUCUGCAUCCAUGACAAUUACAGGAACAAUCCUUUUCAUAAUUUCCGCCACUGCUUCUGCGUCACACAAAUGAUGUACAGCAUGAUCUACCUCUGUAACCUACAGGAGAAGUUCACACAAGUAGAUAUUCUUAUUUUGAUGACUGCAGCUGUGUGUCACGAUCUGGAUCAUCCUGGGUACAACAAUACGUAUCAGAUUAAUGCACGCACAGAGCUGGCUGUGAGGUACAAUGACAUCUCUCCACUGGAGAACCACCACUGCGCUGUGGCCUUCCAAAUAUUCUCUCAGCCAGACUGCAACAUCUUUGCCAACUUUGAUCCUGAAGCCUUUAAACAGAUUCGUCAGAGAACUAUUACUCUGAUCCUGGCCACAGACAUGGCUCGACAUGGAGAGAUUUUGGACUCCUUCAAGCAGAAAGUGGAUAACUUUGACUUCACUAAUGAGGAGCAUGUUACUUGUCUAAAGAUGGUGCUAAUUAAAUGCUGUGACAUCUCUAAUGAGGUUCGACCAAUGGAGGUUGCUGAGCCCUGGGUGGAUUGCUUGCUUGAAGAGUACUUCAUGCAGAGUGAUCGAGAGAAGGCAGAAGGUUUACCUGUCGCUCCAUUCAUGGACAGAGAAAAAGUGACCAAGCCCACGGCUCAGAUUGGCUUCAUCAAGUUUGUCCUCAUUCCCAUGUUUGAGACAGUGAUGAAGUUGUUUCCUCAGAUUGAGGAGAUAAUGGUACAGCCACUAAGAGAAUCCCGUGACAGAUACGAGGAGCUUAAGCAGAUAGAUGACGCCAUGAAUGAGGUACAGAAAAAGAAAAGUGAAAAUUUAACAAUGGGAGGAAAAAAGAAAUGAGAAAGGUCAUUGUUCAAAGAUUGUGCUGUUAGCAACUAAAUUGUAUAAUUACAGUGAUCAUUUAUGUUACCUCUGAG